AUGAAUCAAGACAUUAAUACGGAAACUCGAAAGGAGAGUCUCCCUUUCAUUCAUCCGGACAGAGCGAAGCUCAUAACCGCUCGUUGGCCCACUGACACAACAGUAGGGGAUGAAGUCAAGGGACAGACCGCGGAUAAUACUUAUGAGGCCGGACCAUUCUCAAGGGCAUCUCAAAGUGGCAUCGAUCGGUUGCAUGAGACGUACCUGGCAGCCUGGACUAAUGCUCUAAAGGCGAAGCUACGGGCGCAUGAUGUUCUCAAGUCCGAAAUGGGUACUCGUCGAGACCUCUGGCCAUCGUUCGAGUCGAAUGUCCGGAGGCUCGGCAUGGAGAAGGUGCGAGUUGGAGAUGAUCUAAGCGUCCGAUGGAUAGUCCAGCAUGACCUCGCUGAGGAUUUGAUCUCUGGUAAAACUCAAGCGACGUGUGACGUAUCUUUCACUGAGCCUCCUGAAUCUCAAGAAGAGGCACAGAAAGUCAUUAUCUCAAACUCAGAGCGAUCGUUCUCCUUGACUUCGACCUGGCAGCCUUGGCCGACAGGAGAUCCGUUUGGGACGUCAGACCCAUCCAAGCGAUGGAUGGAGAAUCCAAAGUUCAAUCGUACUCGAGUACGAUUGUACAAGGCGUGGAGUAAAACGCUGGGAGCCUUGGUCGACGAUAAGUGUCCCCUAGAGACCGGGACCGGGAUCCUCGAGGCCGCUGUACCUCACCGCUUGGCCCUGUGGUCGGCAAUCAAAACCUGGCUCUCUGAAGAGGAUAUCGUAGGUCCAGAUUGUCAUGUCUCGGCGACCAAGUCUCUCGUCAGCUGUCGACAUAAGCUAGCAACGGACGGUAACACCAUCCUGUCGAGCACGAAGCAGCUCAUCGAGCAGAGGGAUGUGACAGGACAAGGACGUAAUGAGCGUUUCGAUCGGCCCGAAGCUAGCGAUGCUGUCUCUGUCGAAUCUGGAGAUGUUGGGGACCCGCGAGACGUCCUACUCGAUGGCGAGACGGAGCUCUGUUUUACAGACCUGCAAUCGUCACUUCGCCGAAACAACGACGUUGGCGAUGUACUCGAGCCGAUCUGGGCGGAUUCUGAGCUCGGAUUGCAAGCAAGGCAUGGUGUAGUGGAAGGGACACUCUCUGCCGUACAUCAAGAACUUUUGCACGACAUUCAACAAGUGUUCCCUCCGACCGAUGAUUGGGAGGAUCUAGAAUUGUCGGCCAUCAUCGAGCUGACCCAUAAGGUUACGCAAGACUCUGACGAUGGCUACACUCAGUGUACGAUCGAGACUGGUUCUGUGGGUCACGCAGAAUUGGAUACUGAUGGAUUCACGUACCAGGGUUCAUGGACAUGGCGCACGAGCGACGGUCACAUUUUGGGUCAUGAUGUGACCGUUGUGACUGGUCGUCUCCGCCCCCCCAAGCUUGAGCCGAGGCAGUUAUGA